AACGCGCUAGUUUUUGUGUGACAGUUAGUUACAACGAUGUAUCGAUAGUUUUUAGCCUCGCCAACCGAACCAAUGUUUAUUGUUAUAAAAUAAAUGUUAAAAAUAAACAAUUAAUCACUUGAUGCAAAACAUAAACUAGUGCAAACAGCAAGUGCGUUGUUAAAACGACCCCCGUACCCUGAUCUUACCUCAUCGCGGGCACUAAUAAAAGCUAAACAACAACGCCAGCAGCAGCAGCAGCAACAACAACAAGCAGGAGAUUCAGAUUCGCAACGCAAUCAAAAAAAAACGAAAAAAAAACUACAAGGCGAAACGCAUAAAUAAAUAGGGAAACAAAUAAUAGUAAUAAUAAGACUAAAGGCAAGUGGAAAAGUACGAAAGCGAAAAGAGAAAACAUAUGUACGUUGCGUGAGAGUGACGUGUGUGUGUGUGUGCGUGUGAGAGAAAGAGAGCGAGCGUGAGAGAGGGGAGGAGAGAAGAGGAAAAACAAAAACAACAGCACAGCAUAAGCGAGACCUUGAAAACUUUAAAAGCAGCAGCAAAAAUAACAACAACAAAAGCACAAAAUACAACAAGCUCGAAAUAUAAAAAAAAAACAAUAUUUUAACAAACAAAAAAUAGAUUUUUAUAAAAAAUUGAUCGAGGAGCGGAGCGUAUACUCUGUUAUGGAGAGUGACGAUUUUCAUUUACCGCAAGGCGCCAAUUAAAGGGUAAAAUCCAUAAAAGCGAGGAUUGUAAGAGGAAAAGCGGUGCAAAGAAGGGCCGGAAAAGCGCUGGAAAACCUGGAAAAUGGCAGCAGCAGAGGCGGGCAACACGGGCUCCACAGGCGCGACAGGAUCAGGAUCUGGCAGCUCCUCGGAUCCUGCCAAUGGCCGGGAGGCACGCAAUCUCGCCGAGAAACAGCGGCGGGACAAGCUAAAUGCCAGCAUCCAGGAGCUGGCCACCAUGGUGCCUCAUGCAGCGGAAUCCUCCCGCCGCCUGGACAAAACCGCCGUCCUCAGAUUCGCCACCCAUGGCCUGAGACUGCAGUAUGUCUUUGGCAAAUCGGCCUCGCGGCGACGAAGAAAACCCAUACUAAAGGGCAGCGGCUCAAGCGCCUCGCCUGGCGGAGAUCUCCCCAAUCCCAGUCUGCAUCUCACGGACACCCUAAUGCAACUGCUGGACAGCUGUUUCCUCACCCUCACCUGCAGUGGCCAAAUCGUUUUGGUCUCCUCCAGCGUGGAGCAGCUAUUGGGCCACUGUCAGUCCGAUUUGUAUGGCCAGAAUCUGCUGCAGAUCACCCAUCCCGACGAUCAGGCUCUGCUGCGCCAGCAACUGAUACCCAGGGACAUAGAGACCCUGUUCUACCAGCAGCAGCAGCAGCAGCAUCAGCAGGGGCAUAAUCCCCAGCAGCACUCCACAUCCACUUCGGCCUCAGCUUCGGGCAGUGAUCUGGAGGAGGAGGAAAUGGAGACGGAUGAGCUGCGUUUGGACCAAGAGGAGGAUCAGCAGCAGCAGCAGCAGAAGGAGGAGGAUGAGGAUGAGGACCACAAUCAACCGUAUAACCGACGCACGCCCAGUCCGCGGAGCAUUGCCCAUCUGGCGGCCAUCGAUGAACGGCUGCGCACCGACCGCCGCUGCUUCACUGUCCGCCUGGCCAGGGCAUCCACGCGAGCGGAGGCCACGCGGCACUACGAGCUGGUCAAGAUCGACGGCUGCUUUCGCCGCAGCGAUUCCUCGCUGACCGGCGGAGCCGCAGCCAACUAUCCCAUUGUCUCGCAGUUGAUACGGCGGUCGAGGAACAACAAUAUGCUGGCCGCGGCUGCAGCGGUGGCUGCGGAAGCGGCGACAGUGCCGCCCCAGCACGAUGCCAUUGCCCAGGCGGCGCUGCACGGCAUCAGUGGCAAUGACAUUGUCCUGGUGGCCAUGGCCAGGGUGCUGCGAGAGGAGCGAGCGCCCGAGGAGACGGAACCGAUCGGCAUGACCUUCUACAGGCAGCCAGAACCCUACCAGUUGGAGUACCAUACAAGGCACCUAAUCGACGGCAGCAUCAUCGACUGUGAUCAGAGGAUUGGCCUGGUGGCGGGCUAUAUGAAGGACGAGGUGCGCAACCUUAGUCCCUUCUGCUUUAUGCACCUGGACGACGUGCGCUGGGUGAUUGUGGCCCUGCGGCAGAUGUACGACUGCAAUAGCGACUACGGCGAGAGCUGCUACCGCCUGCUGUCCCGGAACGGACGCUUCAUCUACCUGCACACCAAGGGCUUUCUGGAGAUCGACCGUGGCAGCAACAAGGUGCACUCCUUUCUGUGCGUCAACACGCUGCUCGACGAGGAGGCGGGCCGGCAAAAGGUGCAGGAGAUGAAGGAGAAAUUCUCGACAAUCAUCAAGGCCGAGAUGCCCACGCAGAGCAGCAGUCCGGACCUGCCCGCCUCGCAGGCACCACAGCAGCUGGAGCGGAUUGUCCUCUAUCUGAUAGAGAAUCUGCAGAAGAGUGUGGAUUCGGGUGAUACGAGUGCGAGUGCGAGUGCAAGUGCAAGUGCGAGUGCGAGUGCGGUGGGACAGCCCUUGGAGAGUCUGAUGGACGAUGGCUACAGUUCGCCGGCGAAUACGUUAACGCUUGAGGAAAUGGCUCCGUCGCCAACGCCUACCUUGGCCCUGGUGCCGCCGGCUCCAUCGUCGGUGAAGAGCUCCAUUUCCAAGUCGGUGAGUGUGGUCAACGUAACGGCGGCCAGGAAGUUUCAGCAGGAGCAACAGAAGCAGCGCGAUCGGGAUAGGGAGUUGCUGAAGGAGCGCACUACUCACUCCCAGCAGGGAGUGAUCCGGCAAUUGAGCAGCUGCCUCAGCGAGGCGGAAACAGCAUCCUGCACCCUGUCACCGGCCAGUAGUUUGAGUGCCGGCGAAGCGCCCGAUACGCCCGAUCCGCACAGCAAUACGCCGCCGCCACCGCCACCGCCGCUCCAUACGCGUCCCAGUGUCCUGCAUAGAACCUUGACCAGCACGCUGCGAUGACGGGCUGAUGGAUUCCGGUUUGCCUUCUAAAAUGGGUGUGGAUUGGACGCCAUUAAGUAGCCCACAUUGCUCAGAUAAUCAUCAUCGGUGAUAUAAUCCAAGCCAAUCACAAGUGAAGCCCCAAAAUGUAUCGGCGAAACGCACAUUAAUCAGAUACCUUGAAAUUCAGUUAAAAAAAAAAGUUCAUUUGACUUAUAGUUUUUGAUUCAAAGUUCAUUUGAUAGGGUUCAAACUUGUAAUAAUGAAGAAUUUGCGCCUUAAAAUCAGCCAAAAACAUGUGGUUCUUAGAAACCCCUUUAUAAAACACAUUUUAAGUAUGCAUUAUUUAAAGUUUUAUACAAUUGGACAACAUUUAAGUAUUUAAUUACUUACAAGGCGCAUUAAACUGAAAAUAACACAGGGCUUGUAGUCAAGCAAGUCUGUAAUUUUAUUUCGGAAUUCCCGCCAAAUCUGGUUUCCUAUACAUUUUAACUUGUUCAAUAUGGAUUCUUUAUUAUAUUGCAAACAAAAUACUUAUGUUUAUAUUAUAUUAACAUUUGUAAAAAUGGUUUCCUUAUGGUUUAAUGUGAAGAAAAAGCCCAAUCAAGGCGCAUUCAUUUUGAGAUUAUGGCCAUAAUAAUCAUCUGAUCACGAUGAUCGUUAGAAAGUUACUUCAACUGAUUAAUGGAAAAGAUACAUUUUGGGCAUUGGCUAUCACUGGUUUUACAAGCGAAAUCGAUUCAAAAUAGUUCGAUAAUGUGUUAUGUUGAGCACCGAUCGGUGUGUGCUGCUAAAUGCGUUCCAUAAUCAGUAAUCUUUGUUAUGUAAUUACUUUUAAUUUGUAAAUAUGUAUGUGUGUGAGCGGUAGUGAGUGUGUGUGCAUGAGUGUGUUUCAAAAUUAGAUCAGUGCUCGGCUUUAAUUUUAAUUGAAAUCUAAACCCCACAUCCCAGUUAUCACUCCCCCUUCCCGCGUCCCGCACACCAGUGUAAAAAGAGUACAAAAACAAAAAAAAAACAAACAAAUUAUAUACAUAUUUAUUUUGCUCUAAGUCUAAAUCACGCUAGAAAACAACUCAUUAAUAGUUAAACGGAUUUUGCAAUCGAUGGAAAUUAAACGCUCUAUUUUUUUUUUAUUUUUUCCGUCUCAGUCGAAGAGAGUGAGAGGGUCACAUACAGUCGAACUUCUCUAAAUUGAACUUUUUGGACACCUGAAAAUCUGGUUUAUUAUUAUAUUGAGUUCAAAAACGUGUUCAUAUAUUCGGAAUUUCUAUAUAAAAUCGAGUUUUAGUACGUUUGCAAAGAAAUCUGCUAAAAAUGUUUUAAAAUGUCGCUGUAUUGUGUUCAAAAUCAUGUUGCUAUUUUUUAAUUUUAAUUAGCGAAAUGUUUUUAGUACCCUUUAGGAAAACCCUCAUUAGUUUGCAUACAAAGUUUCCCAAUGUAAACAUUGUUUAAAAUGUUAAAAGUUAAGAAAGUAAAUUAUUAGACCAAAUUGAAAACUAGAAAUAUCCAAAUUGGGAAUGCCAAAAAUCUUAAAAAAGAAAAUAGUUAUAUAUAUGUAUAUAUAAACUAUAGUUUUUUUUUUAAUAUUUCUUGAAAGUUCUUAAAACUAUAAUUAAUUAGUCCAAAUCGUGAAUCUUAAGUGAAGAGAGAGUUCGACUUAGGAAAGUUUGACUGUAGCUCAAUACUCACUUUGCCAGAGAGGGAACGAGAGAUCGUCUCCUCCCGCUCUGACCUGUUAUCAAAGCCUUUGCCAUCGUCCUUGGAGUUGAGUUCUUAUCACCGGCGUAUCGGAGGGAAUAUAUUAUUUUUUUUUUUCGGGAAUGUAGUUCUAGGGGUAAUUUUGAGGCGGUGGGUGGUUUCGGUGGGUGGGAGCGUGUCGGGCGGUGGUGGGCUGAGUGGGGGGCCAUGUUUCGUUAUUAUAUAUUUUGUUCUAUAGCGAAAUUCUUGUAGCUAUAAACCUAUGCAUAUGUAUAUUAUUAACUUUUUGUUUAGCUCAAUUUUUUGUUUGUAUUUUUAAUUAUUAUUCGGUUUGUCUAGUGUGUAAUUCAAUUAAAAGUCUAAUGCUAAUUUCCCAGCGUAUGGUUUAGUGUUUGUUCAAACGAGUUGUGCUCUUUAAACACUUUUGGUUUAUCCGUCUUUUAACUUUUAUUUGUUUUUCCUUGCGUUGUUAUUUGCCCCCAAAAAAAAAGCAAAACAAAAUUUGUGUCGUUUUUUGUUUAGUUAUUUAGCUUUAAGUGUAACGUCAUAUGUCAAGCGGUAUAAUCUACGUAAGAAUAAUAAUGUGUAAUGUUUUUUUUAGAGCUUGCUAAAAUCUAGCAAUUAAAAUAUAGCCUGUAAUUAACAAUAAUUAAUUAUAAUAAUCAGUAACAGUUCAUGCAAAUGAAACGUUAAUAAAU